ACUCAUUUGUUUCGAAUUGAAUUACGAUGUUCCAUUCAAUGUGACAUUACAUUUCAAAAUUGUGUAAAAUUUUCGUUUGUUCAUUUGGUCCUCAUCAAAUCUUUCAGUGCAGAAUCUUCAUUGCGGGGAGUACCACCAUCCGAAAUGAGCAAAGCUGCCCGACAGAUAAUAAUUUCGUAGAGAGAACAAUUGACGAGUGUGUCCCAUUUCCACCGUCUGCGAAGGACAACGCAGUCUCCGCCGAAGAUAAUCAGGGUGAUCAACGGAAUCAAAAAACAAUUGAUCGUCGGUUGACUGGAAGACCGAGGAAGUGGGGACUCGAUAACCAUCCAUAUCAGCAGCGGUCGUAUUCGAAAACGAACUUGCUAUCUAAUCUACGGUCCUGCCGUCCGUCGGCCCGCCACUAUCCGCAGCAGUUGCUUUUGCGUAGCCCAGCAGUAGAGUUCGGAGCUGCGCGCGGUACACUUUAUCGAAAGAACAAUCGACGGUUUCGCUCAGUUAACGAGCAGCUUCGAAGGGUAUUGCGCACGAGUUUUGACGCAGUGCAACGGUUCGCGUAAUCCGUGAGUUGUGCCGCUCUAUGUGCAUGGACAUCUGAGAGCCGAGUGCCUGACACGCAGAGAACAGUUCACGAUAACAUGGCCGCCGACUCGGGAAUGGAUACAUGUCCUUCGCCCGAAAUUGCGGACUCAAGAAAACGACCUCUUGACGGAGACGCUGAGAACGGCGACACGAAACGAUCCCAUUUCAGCUCAGAUAUACCUCGUUCUACCAAAAUCGACUCGCAACAGGACUCUAGUAUGGAAUCGGGAGGAGAUGGGACACAUCAUUUUAAAGUAUUGGUUCCGAGUACGGCAGCUGGUGCCAUUAUCGGUAAAGGGGGCGAGACCAUCGCUCAACUACAAAAAGACACGGGAGCCCGCGUCAAAAUGUCAAAAUCGCACGAUUUCUAUCCAGGCACUACAGAACGAGUGUGUCUCAUCACGGGUACAGUGGAUGCCAUAAUGGCUGUGAACGACUUCAUAAUGGACAAGAUUCGCGAAAAACCCGAAGUGAAAGCGAUGGUGGAGGGCGAUACGAAGACGGAUAGGGAUAGACAAAUGAAAAUUCUAGUACCAAAUUCGACGGCGGGCAUGAUUAUCGGUAAAGGAGGAAACUUCAUAAAACAGAUAAAGGAGACCAGUGGUUCGUACGUACAGAUUUCCCAAAAGUCGAAGGACGUCAGCUUACAAGAACGAUGCAUUACUGUGAUAGGUGACAAGGAGCAGAACAAGGAAGCAUGUCUGAUGAUAAUCAGUAAGAUCGUGGAGGAUCCACAGAGCGGAACAUGCCUUAACGUGUCUUACGCGGACGUGAAUGGACCGGUAGCUAAUUUCAACCCGACGGGUUCACCGUUCGCUAAUAAUGGAAAUGGAUUCAACGCUUCAACCACUAGUCUCAACAGUAACAUAAGCUCGACGAUUAUGCUGAAUGGCGGUCUGAAUAUGAGCCUCAAUUUGGGACAACCCGGGCAGGGGGUUGGCAGUCUCACCGCCCAGUUGUUGGAUCACAUCAAGGUCCAGCUAAGAAGCACCGGGUAUUCUGAAACCCAUGUGGCCGAAAUAGCGACUGCCUUGAGUGUUCUUGCCAAAUAUGGAAUACUGGGAAUGGGCUUAGGCUUGAGCACGACGCAUGGUGCUUUACCAGUUUCCAGCUAUUUGGGCGUAAUGGAACAAACAGGUGCUACCGUCACCAACACGAGUGCUAUGUUUGGCGCACUAGGACAAGCUGCUCUAGGCGACUGUUUAGGAGCGACUACACCAUCGAACCGACAAAGCUUGGAGCGCUAUGAUGCAGCCUUUGAUCCUUUCCGACAUCAAGCGUCUGCUGCCACGGCCCCCAUAUCUCUCAACAAUAAUAGCUUCGGCCUCGGCACCGGCCAACAGAUGACAGUUCUCAGCAAAAGUCCUACCCCCGCUGAACUCAGCGGUCCAAAAGACACCAAAAACGUUGAAAUUCCCGAAGUUAUCGUUGGUGCAAUUCUAGGUCCAGGAGGUAGGUCCCUGAUAGAAAUUCAACAGAUGAGCGGUGCUAAUAUACAGAUAUCGAAAAAGGGCGUCUUCGCCCCAGGUACUCGAAACCGUAUGGUUACCAUCACCGGAAAUCCACACGCGAUACACACAGCUACCUAUCUUAUCGAGCAACGUAUCUCUGAAGAGGAGAUGAAACGCGCAAGAAACAAUGGAGGGUUGGGCAUCAACCCUCUGGCCAUGCAGUGAUAUCAUCAGUUCACUUCGACGAAAUUGUUCAUUCAAUGAGAAAGGUACACGCAGCAGGGCUUGUAAUUACUUUUUAUCUUGAUAGGUAUCGGGUGGCUUAGAAUUUUUCCAAACAUACAAUGUUUGAAUUCUUUUUCAAAGCUGUAUAUUAUACUUCGAUUGUACUAAUGGAAAGAUUCCAAUUCACCUCAUUUACACCCUUCACAUAGUUUCAAGUCCAAUUAUACCAAAAAUUCAAGUCACGUAAGCAAAUAGAAAGCAGUCACGAUAACAUGUAUUCCGAAACUGUUGAACUGAUUCAAUUUGAAAUCUUGUAUUCGGUUCACUUAAAUUUUUGUGUGCUUUGCAAUUCAAUUUUUGUGUUUCUUCUAAAUGAAACUUGUUAAAAAUUUAUGUUCGAAAUGUCGAUAAAUGUUAUGAAAAAAUUUGUAGUUUAUGAUUAUUCAAUUUUAUAACUCUGUUGAUGUACCAAUUUAUUAUAAAAUUUAUUGUUUGAAGUUACUAAUGAAAUUUUUAUUGGUUUAUUCACAUUGUAUCAUGUCAUAUGUGUAUAUGUCAUGUUUUUUGAAUUUUAUUAAAAGUGAUCAUUGCUAAGUAUAAUUUUAUAUCUUGGAGGGAAGGAUGUUUGUUGUUAACUGAGGAGGUACUUUGUGAUAGGUAAUGUUAAGCAGAAGAUUAUAUUUCCAAAAUUUGUACCUGUAUUUGAACCUCAAUUAUCGCUUGGCUGGCCAAAACACACGAAUCAUCCAAAAUAUAGUGAUAUUACCCAUCGCAAUGCCGAUAAUCACAUUGUAUCCCGUUUAUGAUGACCUAUCACAUCUUUACGAAUAUAUGCUUUAAACGGCAAGAACUGAAGUUACCCAUGAUAGGUGUUCAUCAUUGCAACUUUUCAAAUCAGGGAAAUUAUAAACGGUGAUCGCUUCAUUUCACUCAUCUGUUGAUGGCAUGACAUUGUAAAUAGUCAUAAAUUAGCCAUCACAUUGAUUCAUCCAAAUUCAAAGCUUAUAGAAUUAUAUUGAAUGAGUAAAUAUAUAUAUAUAUGAAAAUAUAUUAUAUAAAUAUGGAAAAUAUAACUGAAAUUAUGUAUGUAUAUUGUUGUUAUCGCAUGUUGUUAUAUUGUUAAUGUUUGGACACUUUCUAAACAAUUUUAAACUGAAGCCGUUGACAAAUCGACUAUUCCAUCUUGAAUCCCAGAAUACUGUUUUCCAAAUGAUAUCAAUUCACAGACAAUAAUGAACAUUUAAUUGGAAUCAACAAUCACUAGAAUAAACUAUAGCAUAAUAUGGCAUCUUUCCUUAAUGAGUAAAGUUGGUUCAGAAUAUAUGUUCUCAAUUGUUGAAAUUCAAUUUCAACAUGCGAUCUUUCAUAUUAUUCAGUUUGAAUUAUAUGGAAAAAAUAUUCCUCAAAUAGAUAUACCCUCAUCAGAGAAUAGCUGAAAAUAGUCCACGGUUCUGGGAGCUUACUUUACCAAGUUACUAAUUAAUAUAUGUAUAUUUUUUUGUUAUACUAUGCAGGUCAUAGAUUUUAAAUAAUGCUAACGUGUCAUUCCAUAUCUUAUAGUUAUACUAAAUUGAAUAAAAUUAGGAAUCAUAUCAAUUCAAUCGAUUGUUGACGGCAUGGUUUACUUAUUGAAAUGCCGAAACACUGCAUAGUCUCAUUGUCUAAAUGUAACGUGAUUUAAAGUAGUUGAACAAUAGUAAUAAUGGUUAAGCCUCUGCCCCAAAGCAUCGCUUUAAAUUUAUAGGUUUUGAUAUUCUAAAAUAUUCAAUUUUAUGGUUGAAUGUGAAAAAAACUCCGGGACUGAGUAACUAAUUAAUGAAAAUUUAUAGUUCAUAAUCAACUAAAAAAGAGGCAAUUAUGUCGUCCAUGAUGCUAAUUGAAAUCCAUACUGAAAAUAGAAAAUUAGAGAUACAGUAGUUUUAUAAUUUGUUCUCUCGAUGUGGCGGGCUGAGGAGGUUGUUUCAAUUCAAAGUUGUGCUUUUUUAAACAAUCUACUUAUAAAAACAAUUCUACUCAUGUUGACGGUUUAGGAUGUAAGGAUGUUAUAUGUCAGUUUAUUGGUCUUUUGCUUUAACGGGAUAAAAAUGCCUCAUUCUUUGAUAUAACCUGUUCUAUACAACAUACUGUUGCUGUGAUACUCAUCACGUCACGUCAGUAAGGCCAUCAAUUGUCAUAAAGUCGGGUUAUGUGACGGUGGAUUUGGUUACUGUAGAAUAUUCUGACUUUGAAAUUUUUCGCAAUUCCUGUGCACUUUAUGACAUGAGGGGUGAUCAUGCUUUAAAAAAUCAUUUCGAUAUUCAUAAAUUCAGUCUCAUUAUUAUCAGAUGCCAUUUCACAUAAUGCCAAGACAUGAAAAUUAACCAAAAUCAAGGAGUAUAGUCAAUACUCAAUUUCUAUUGAAGUAAAUUAUGAUAAAAAUUUCAUUCGAAGCAGAAAAAGAUCAAGUUGAAAUAUUGCAAAAUUGGAGUGUGAUCAUAUCUUUGAGGGUAUAUAAAUUACAUCGAGAUGAGAUGGAAAAUGUUAUGUUUUGUCGAAAAGAAUGUUAUGUAAGAGCUGUAGUGUGUUUGUCUUGUCACAUUGUGUUUAAUGGCCACGAGUCAUUAUCAAUGUUUUUUUCUAUAUGAACAUAUGCCUAUUUUUCAUAAAAAGAGAUGGAUAAAAGGAUUCUUUUUUAAGACAUAAUUUCUCUGAACAACAACUUUAUUUUGAGAUUUGCUCAUAAAUGGAUUUGGGUAUUGGGGUGUGCGAUAAAGUAGCACUUAGGUGGCUAAUGGUCAUCCUGGGUACUUAUACAGUCUUCAAGCCAACUAACAGACGACUCCAAUGUUUUCUGUAGGCAUGAUUGAUAUAGAAAAAACUAUUUGAAAUGUUCGUGCAAAUUUAUGUAUAUUAUUGUAUAUUAAGAUUUUUGAAUAUUUUAGAUGUAAAGAUUUGUUAAAUAGUUCAUUACCAAUCAUUUUUCCCAUGAUCAUUUGGUAUAGGUUUGAAGGGUUUAUUUUAUUCAGAGGAUUUUUGUUAAUGUUUUCUUCAUUACUAUUGAAUAUUUUCACCAUAGAAAAGACUAUGGUUUAUUCAAAAUGGCCUAAAUUUGUAUCACUACCCUUGGAAAACAUUAAUGACUAUUCCUAUUUUUUAUUCUUCAUAAUCAUUUCAUUUCAAACAUUACCACUAGGUAGAUAUAUCCAAAUUUGACAUAGUUAUUGAAUAUUAUAUAUAAAUUAGACUAUUGGUACCUUAUGGGAAAUUAAAUGUGUGCCUAAUGGUUAUUACUGGAUAUUGCACAUUUUUUCUGAACUUUAUUUUCGUACCGGUUUCAGGGAUUAUAAUUUGCAGUACACACUCUGUUUUUUCAGUAUAGUCAUGAAAUGAACAUAUUUCUUUCUCUUUUAUCAUCUGGAGUAUAAGAUGUUUAUGUGGACAAAAAUAAGGGUCGACUCUUAGAUUUACAUCUAGGAAAAAUUCAAUACUGAUAUCAACAAGAUUGAAAAAACAGACAUGUGACAUACUAACUUUCUUCAUUUUUUAAAUUGAAGGAUGUUAGAUACAGUAGACAAUGAUUGGGUGAUCAAAUAUAAUGACAACUCUAUGUUGUAUUAAUAUUUUUUGUGAUAACUUCAGCUUAUCAAAGCAUCAGGGAUUGUACUUCUUGCUCUGAUAUUUUUCUUUUUUUUUGUUAAGAGUUGUAACAACACUAAAAUAUGGAUAGUUAGGUUAAGAUUGUUUAUAGUGGUUACUAAUUAAAAACAAUUUUAAGGAACAUGGUGAAACGGGUUAUUUUUCAAAACAGUAAAGGAAAUUUUGAUUCGUGGAAGUUACAUGAUCUACUGUAAUGUCCAAAAAUUCGCCCUUCACAUUGUUUGUUGUUCACGUUAUUAGAUAAGAUUAGUCCACAGCAUUGUCAACACAUUAUAACUUAAUAAAAUCCAUAGUGCCAUA